AUGAAGAUCUCUUGCUUUAUCUCCCUUUUCCUGUUGGCGGUGUCCACAGAGGCCUUUGCGCCUAGCAAACCGGCAUUCGGACGACCUGCCCUCCGAAUGUCCGAAGAUGCCGAAGUUGAAGCUGCUCCAGCCCCAGCUCCAGCUCCUGCACCUGCUCCAGCACCGGCCAAAGUUCCAGGCGGUGCGCUUGUUCCUAUCAAGGAAGAAACUGUUGAAUUCACUGCCGGUAUCCUAGGAGCAGUUGCUGGUUUUGCCAUUGGUGGACCAGUUCUUGCUGCCAUUGGUGCCGCCGCUGCCAACUAUGCCUCCAAGUCUGAAAGCGAAGUUAGUGAUGUUAUCUCUGCUGUAUCCAAGAGCUCCAUCCAAGUGUACAACUACCUGGCGACUCUUGACGAGAAGUACGAAGUUCUCGACAAGGCCAAGGGAUCUCUGGACACUGCUUUGUCCAAGCUCAAGUCACAGGAUAAUGUUGACCCUGCUACCCUUGAAAAGGUCGAGAAAGCCUUGGCAACCACCAAGAGCAAGAUCGCUGAAGUCAAUGACGAAUACGACCUUGUUGGAGGAGGUAUGACUGCUCUUGGAGUUGUUGGAGACCUUGUCGAAAAGGCAGUCAAGAAGGCCGGAGAACUGAACGAAGAGUACAAGCUCACAGACAAGGCAAAAGACUCUCUUAAGACUGCUGUCGCAAAGGCCAAGGACGCCGCUGACAAGGCUUAA